AUGGCGUCUAAAAAGGAUAUGCGCCGAACUGAUCUCGUCAUACCUUAUGUCGAGCCAACAGAAGAGAAACCCGCCGAUUUUAGUUCUACGUUGUCGAGCACCAUGCCCAUGGCAGCUAUGUUCACCCGGAACAAAAUGCUUGGGUGGUUUGCGCUGCUAUCGUCCCUCCUGAACUGGCUCGGUGAAACUCCAGCUCAAAGAUCCAACAAUGCUACUCCUGGAUAUCUAUCGUUCGGCAUGGCAGUCCUUGCUGUCGUAGUGACAUACAUGCCUCUCUUCCUUCCACCUCCAGCAAAUGUGCCGAGGGCUUCGCAAGCACAGUUGCCGGUGGCUUCGACAUGA